CUCUAACAGAGGCUUGACGGUAAGUUCAAUGAUGCAGACAUAUUCGUCGAGCGACCUUGGUAGCCUCGGUCCUUACCUCGCUCGUGCGUCUGAUACCUCAAGUUCAUCUGCUGAGCUUGAACCCGAGACUCGUUGUUCUUGAACGCCAUAACCUUGACAGUGAUUCAGCACAAUUCGCGAAUCAGGAUCGGUCUUUCGUCAUUCCUAAAGAAUUGUUGCGAUGGGUUCCUCGUCUCAACCAUUCCGUAUUGCCAUUGUGGGUGGAGGCAUAGGAGGACUUUUCGCCGCCAUCGCGAUCAAUCAUUUCUGUUCGGACUACGACUUGCAGGUCGACGUCUACGAGCAAGCACGCCAGUACAGUGAGAUUGGCGCCGGUCUCGGACUGGGCCCGAAUGCAGCGAAGCUAUUUUAUCGCCUCGGGCUUGGUGAACGGCUUAACGAUAUAGGAGGAUCCGGUCCUGACAGGGGAGACGAACAUCACGACAUCUGGAUCAGCUUCCGCCGCUACGAUGACGGCAGUGAAAUAGUUGGAGUCCCCAAUGCUGCUCGUGGAGAGAUCAGAAGAGCCUCCGUGCUAAGGUCCGAGCUCUUGGACGUUCUAGUGAAGAUCGUCCAGGAACGAAAUGCUGCUAAUCUCCAUGUGAACAAAAAAUGUGCUGGCGUCACGGAAACCGACAACGGCAUUCGAAUCGAUUUUCGUGAUGGCUCCAAUGCCAUGGCUGAUCUUGUCAUUGGCGCCGACGGCAUUCACUCAGCAGUCAGGGAAACGUACGUCAGCGACAAAGCGUUGUACAGUGGAUUGAUAUCCUACCGAGGCGUAAUAGACAUGGACAAGAUCAAGCCUUGGUGGAAGCUACCAGUUUCGGUUGCGUGGUGUCGUCCAGGCGCCCACCUCCUCGUGUAUCCGAUCAGUCGAGAUAGGUUAUUGACCUUUGUCGGUUUUGUCACCGUACCUGAAGAGCAACUAGGUACCUUGGGGGAAAGCUGGACCUCAAAAGGCCGACGCGAGGAAUUCCUGAGAGAUAUGGCCGACUUUUGUGAAGAUGCCAGACGAGUGAUUGAACUGACACCCGACGUGAUAGACAAAUGGAAGAUUAACGACAGGAAUCCACUUGAUCAAUGGGUGUUUGCUGACGGCCAUGUGGUGCUAUUGGGAGAUGCAGCUCACGCAUUGGUGCCACAUCAAGGUGCAGGAGCUGGUCAGACUAUCGAAGAUGGUUAUAUUCUGGCCCGAAGUCUACAACAAUACCUCAAAACCAUCAAAUCAUACGGCAGCAGUGGUGGCAAUGUCGCUGAGCCUCCACCCGAUCUCCUCAAACGCCUUAUGACUGUUUAUCAGGACGUCCGGCUCCCACGAGCUCAACGGGUCCAAGUCACCUCCAGGGAAGCUGGUAAUCUUUACGAGUUUCAUUCCCCUGAAUACAAAGGACUUUCUUUCGAAGAAUCUCUGCCUGUCUUCAAAGACAAAGUGAUAGGCAGAAUGAAGUGGAUAUGGGAGGAUGAUCUGGAUGCUGCCUUCGAACGAGCACUGGAGUCUGCACUGAAGCCAGAGUAGGGUAGCACCUUAACCGCCCUGGAAUCACCGGACGACCAGGGAGCCAACGUUCCUAUAUGGAUAUAAGACUCUUCCAUCCGCCGUCUAGAACGAAAGGCCUCCUUCCCAGACAACCACGACCAUUAUCUGGCAGCAGUGGGCGUCUCAGGGUUGUCCGGGACGAGCUCCUCCAACCUGUUUGACUUCGUCAGUGCGCGGCCGUUCCCGACCUACACACAUUUUAGCACCGCCCUCUACCACGUCCUAAGCAAUUUUCAGAGCGGUUCUACUGGACGUAGUUG